AUGUCCGACAUUGGACUUGUUUCAAAGCCACUCCCUCUCGAAUUGAUCUCCGAAAUCGUUGCUUUUCUUGACGAUCGCGAUGAUAUAUAUGGCCUCUUCGGUAAACCUCCACCUCCGUCCCUCUUCCCAUGUUCUCUCGUGUGCCGUGCAUGGAAUAUCAUCUGCCGGUCUCACAUCUUCUGCAGGGUUAUCAUCUGCGAUUUCGAUAGGCAUUUCUCUCGGCUCUCCUUCCUCCAUUUCACAGCUCCCCAUCUCUUCAAAGCCAUUCGCUUCUUCCACUUCGGCUGGAAUGUUGACGUCGACGAUAGUGUGACGGCCCUACCAUCGUGGGUUUCCGACUGCUCCAAACGAUUCGAGAAUCUGCGCGUGUUGUCUCUGUGGGGCGGGUCCACGGAUAUGCUCAAGGCACUUGACUUGAAUCUUACCCCUCUCGUCGCCACUCCUCGCCUUCGCAAGCUGUACAUCCAAACAUGGUGCUUCGAAGACGAUGCCUCAGACCUACUCGACAUCCUACUCUCGACUAACCCCAAGCUGGAAGAAUUGGUACUGGAUAAUGUCUUUGGGGCCUCGGACGUUGUGGAUGAAGACGAUGCUCCAGAUGCUCCUUCAGUUGUGCGAUUUGAUGCUCUUCGAUGUCUAGAGUUGCAAAAUGUAGACCACUCGCUGGUCAGAUUUAGCGCGUUUAUUGAGUGCCCAAAUCUUAAAUCCUUGGUCGCUGAAUGGCCGGAGGACUGGGAUUUACCGCCAUGGUGCUCAACUAAUUUCUCUGACCUCGAGAUCCUUGUCGAUACCGACUGCAGUCUUCCCAAUUUCGGCAAAGCAAUCAGGCCAUCCGCAUUCACGAUCGACAUAAUAGGACUCGGUUCAAUCCUUGAAAUCGCUACUUGGAUCAAAGAUUGUAUCAACCGCCUUCCGUUUCCCGACCUCGUCCGUCAGUUGACCAUCAGUGCUGAUAUCUGCAGAAUCGACGAACAGGACUUCGAGGCGUUUUACUGCGAGAUUGCGGAUUUGUUUUGCUUCCUCCAACAAAUUCGCGACCUCGGAGGGCUGGAGGGCAUGAGCGUAUCAAUCAAGGUGCCCGUCGAAUCGCGAUUGAGCUCCGAUAAUCAUCGAUUCAGACUCCCUGUAUUUUACUCCUCAAAUUCGAAGUCCAUUUCCAACGUUGGCCAAUUCAGAAAACUUCUAAAACUUGAAUCAAAACACGUCGCUCGACAACAUCGAACUCGUCAGCGGCAAUAUCAAGGACUGUACUUGAAAGACUCUGAAGCUUACAGGGCUGAUAUCAGCAUGGGGAUAUCACACCAGGACACUUCAUCCUUUUCGAAGCAGUUGCCUACCGAACUGAUCCUCCAGAUUAUUGCGGGUUUCGACCGUCGUGGCAACAGUAACACCUACUCCGGAUCUGUGACAGGCGUGCCCCCGUGCCUCACAGCUUGCUCUCUUGUAUGCCAUGCAUGGAACGACAUAUGCCGGCCUUAUAUCUUCCGUAUCGUUGAAAUCAGCGCUGGUACAUUGAUCCCUCGGUUGUCCUUCCUUCAUUUCGAAGCACCCCAUCUCUGCAACUACGUUCUCGACUUUCGCCUAUCCCUGGACACCAGGGCUAACUAUGAGCCAUUCCCAGCGUGGCUUCCGGACUGCUUCUCCAGAUUUAGGAAUCUCGGUACUUUGUACCUCGCAGACAUCGGCAGUGUGAACUCGUCACUUGCAGAACUAUCUCCUCUUGACAUGGGAAUUACCACUCUUCUUGCCACCGCCCCCAACCUUCGCAAGCUGCAUCUUGAGGGGUGGGAUCACGAUCGAGAUGUCGUCAGUGUCCUCCCUACCUCCUCCCAGCUAGAGGAUCUGUCCCUGAAUGUCAUCUCCACAAACAUGACAACUGUUGUCUCUUCGCCCCCACGAUUUGAUGCUCUACAAAUUCUGGAGUUGGACAAUAUUCCCUAUCCAUUGCUAAGAUUCAAGACGUUCAUCGAGUGUCCGAAUCUUCGUUCAUUGGUCGCUGAAUGGUAUGACCCUGUACGUUGGAAAGUACCACCCUGGGUUUCAACUCGCUUCUCAGAACUUACCCUCAAUGUCAAUGUCUGGUCUGGAUGUCCUGAUUUUGGUGAAGCGAUUCAGCCAUCUGUGUUGACGAUCAAUAUAUUUGGGUCCGAAUCAUGCUCCAACUUCAUCACUUGGAUCAAGAAUUGUGUAGCCAGCCUCCCAUUUCCCAACCUCCUCCAUCGGGUCACAAUCAAUAUCAAGGUUACGGGUGUCAAUGAAAGGAAAUGCGAAGAACUUUAUCGCGAGUUGGAAAAGUUAUCUGUGUUCUUACACAAACUCUGCGAUCUGGGGGCGUUACAGAGGAUAGUCCUGAAGAUCGAAUUGUUUGCUGGCCGGGUGAACACGAUCAAUGAUAGCUACGAUAUACUAGAUCCUUCGAGCGAGGUGAAAGCACAAGAUUUGGCGAAGCUGAAGGACUUGUUUAGUGCGUUGUUGGAGAGGGAUAGCCUAGACUUUGAUGUCAUCCUGGAAUGGUGCUCGACAUCCGGGGACCUCGUCUUUUACACUAGAGUUCAGAAUUAG